ACUUUGAAGGGGCAACAAGGGCAAUUUCGUCAUUGAGAAAUCCAAUCGCCUUGUUGGGUGUAGGGUUGGUUGGCAAUCUGCUGAGCUGCUGAGGCAAACCAGUGUUCCCGUCCAAGAUCAGAGGCUCGCGCUCGGUCUAAAGGCUCAACCUUUGAUCUCCUGAUGUCAGGGAGAAACCGUGUGUCUUGCCAUUCUAACGGUUAUCGAGGUUAUCGUGAUGAUCCACGACCUGUUAUGAACAGAGGGCUGGGACCCUUGUCUAUUCACCUUGCAGCUUUGGAAGAACAACUUGCUGUGCAGCAUAGAGAAAUGCAGCGAAUUAUUGCUGAGAACCGGCUUGUAAUUGAAGAUAAUACCCUUCUUCAAAGGCAAUUGGCAGAUGCGAAAGAUGAAAUUCAUAGAUUGGGGCAGGCCAUACCUAAAAUCCGGGCUGAGAAAGAGGCGCAGUCUCAGGAGUUGAUUGAGAGAGGAUUGAAGCUAGAAGCCGAUCUCCGUGCUACAGAUCCUUUAAAGGCAGAAGUUGUGCAGUUAAGAGCUGAAGUUCAUAAAUUAAAUAAUUUACGGCAGGAACUGUCUUCCCAAGUCCAAGGUCUGACACAGGACGUUACUCGGUUGCAAGCAGAGAAUCGGCAACUAAUUGCCAUGAGGGCUGAUAUUGAUGGGAUGCGAAACGAGCUUUUCGAGACCAGGAGAGCUUAUGAAUUUGAGAGGAAAGCCAAUGAAGAACUAGUUGAACAAAAGCAAGCAAUGGAAAAGAACCUCGUUUCCAUGGCUCGUGAAAUAGAGAAGCUAAGAGCAGAGCAGCUGAAUGCAGACAGGAGGGCACGAGGACUAGGUGGUGGGGGUUAUGGAAUGAUGAAUGGAAGUCCCGAGAUGAGAUAUUCAGGUCGUCCAUAUCACAAUGGCCAUAGUACUGGUUGGGGACCCUAUGAUAAGCGUGGAUCACGGCAUUAAGUUGUCCUAAGAAUAUCAAAUGCUCUGGAAUUGGUAAAAGAAAAGAGAUCUUGGCCAUGUAUUUAUUUUUUUUACUUACGACAAGAUGAGAUGUAGUAACUAGGAAGUGAGUAGUAGGCAAGAUAAAUGUGUGAAGGGGAAAGCGGGGUUGUGUCUUAGGGUCCGUAUUGGAAGUAAAUAUGGAUAAAUUAGUAUCAUUUUAAGGGGGUUUUUAGAUUGCUUCUGGAAUGAUUACUGAUUUAUGACAAUCAAAACCCCUUUAAACUA